GGGAACCCGGUUUUGAAGAAGAAUUGAAAGAAGGGCAAACCGAAGACAUAUCUAUAGUUCUAGAGCAGGAGUUGGAUGAAGGAGAAAGUCAUAUUGAAACAACAAACGAAUCUCAAACAGGUCAAGAAGAUGAUUUAAAUGUUGCAAAUGAUAUUUUGCUUAUUGCUCGAGAUAUCUAUUUGGAACUAGAUACUAACGAGGCAAAAGUAAGCCUUGGCGAGGUACACAUGAAAUUGGGAGAUAUUUCACUUGAACAAGAAAAUUUUGAUCAAGCAGUAAUGGAUUAUAGAGAAGCAGUAAAAGUGAAAUUGGCUUUAGCUUUAUCUGCAAGUACUGAAGAGAGUCAAAAUGAUCAAGCCAUUGAGCAUGUCGAACAAGCUAUGAAAGUUUUAAAUAAGUGUAAAAAAAAAUUACAAGAAAAGUUGGCUUCCGUUCAAGAAACUUAUG